GCAUCGAUUAGAACGGUUAUCGGUUUCGAAACGUCGCUCAGUUCGUUAAGGUCCUCCGUUCGACUCGGAGUCAAGUCAAUGCCCUUCUGUGGUGGCAUCGGUCGGUUGUGAAACAGUUGUGACUGCUGACUAUUGCUUGGAAUAUGGCCUUACACACGCUUCCGUACAAGGAUACUCCGAGCAAAUCUCCGACGGUGCUCGGUGGAAUCACACCCGGCGGUACAAUCGCGUCCAAGGUCCCGUUUUCCAUUGAGGAUAUUCUGUUUCAGAAUGGCUCAGUUGCCCAUCAUAACAACAAUAACAACACUAGUGCUAAUUAUAAUGUGAAAUCAGUCAAGAAGCCAGAAUCUCCUUGUGUAACGCAAGUGAUCGAGGGUGGUGGUGGCAAUAGCAGGAGCAGUAGCAGUAACAACAGUAAUGCCUCGGUGGACUCCUGUGGAGGUCCUCGCAAAGUGCCACAAUUUGAAAACGGCGAUAGAAAUGGAAAUAGCAACAGUAUUAAUAUUAGCAAAUUUAAUGAUAAUAACGUGAUACGUAGUGAUAGCAAUAGGAAUAACAACCAUGCUGUAUCUGUGCUGAAUGGAAUAAGUGGCUGUCAAGAGGAUUAUCGGAAAUCAAUGUCAACGGACAGAUACAACAAACUUUCGCUAAACAACCAAAGUGGUCCCCCUCACAGUGGACCUCCAGGGCCUCAAUUCAGCAACCCAAACCCGACUGUCAUUUACCCGGGUGGACCAUAUGGCGAUCCGGGCUAUCUUCAAAUGGCUCUUGGUGCCUAUUUGGCACCAUCGGCCAGUGGCUACAAAACGGUGGACCCAUACUUUCUCUCCCAGGCAGGCCUCUUUGCUGGAUCGCCUUUGUUCCCGGGUGGUGGCUGCCCGGACAUAGCACUCGGCCUAGGCAUGGGAAUGAGCGCACUAAGGCAUUGUCGGAGACGGAAAGCUCGAACCGUAUUCAGUGACCCCCAGUUGACUGGGUUGGAGAAACGAUUUGAAGCACAAAGAUAUUUAUCGACACCUGAACGUGUAGAGUUGGCAUCGGCGUUGGGUCUUAGUGAGACCCAAGUGAAAACGUGGUUUCAAAAUAGGCGCAUGAAACAUAAAAAGCAGCUACGGAGGAGGGAGAUCAAUAAUGCUGAACCAGUCGAUUUUUCACGUAGUGAAACUGCCAACGGAACAUCCGGAACUGGUGGUCAGGUUCCAUCGAACCAAUCUAACUCCUCUGCAGCUUCCGCCAACCGACUCAAUUCAAGCGGUGCCAACGAAAAGGCAUUUUCAAUGUACAACAGCAAUAACAACAGCAGUACUAACAAUCACCAGCAUCAACACCCCCACGGCGGAAAACCAUGCAAAACGCAACCCAUCUCUAGCGGCCCGGUACCUCCACAGAUGGGAGGAAUCCUGAAAGGACUGCACACAUCGGCGAACUCGUCGUUUAGUUUGGUCCGGCGAACUCCGAUGAAUGACGGAGAAUUGCUCAGCGAUGAGGACGAUGACUACGGAAACGAUUCUGACGACGAUUGCAGCGACGUGGAUAUUGUCGGGGAUGAAAAAGGUUACAUGACGUAGAGGCAGGGCAAUAGUCAAUUGAAGAUCUCAGAUUGUAAUAUUAACUAGUCAGCAAAUUAGCGUUUGAGUCUCAGAAAAAAAUACAUAUAGGUUUUACAGGAGAUUUUUAUUUAUUAUUCCAUGAAUGGAAGAAAGAUUCUAUGAAAUUUAGUCACUUAUUGGAUACACACCAGCAUAAAUAUUUACAAAAUUGCGUUUCGUUUACAUUCACAUUUUUGAGACAGAAUGCGAUAAUCACAAAAAUACUGUCAUUUUAUUUAAUUAUUUAAAAUACAACAGAAUGACAAAAUACACAUAAGACAACAAAUUCGACUUUUCUUUCGAUCAUUAUAAAAAUCUUUUUUUUUUGUUUUUUUCGAAUGUUGUAAAUAUUGCCAACAACAUACCGUUUUGAUUCAAAAAACGAACACUUAAGCACAUUCCUAAUGUCAUCAAUUGGAAAGUUUAAAAUGAUGUUCCGAAAUUGAAUAAUCUGAAAUUUUGAAUCAAAACCAAAGUUAGAACUUUACCUUUAAAUUUUAUGGAGACAUCCCUAUGAAAUGUUGAUAUGCUUCUAUUAUUUGUUUUAAUCAAUAUUGUAAAUUUCCAAUAAUCGAUGUGUGAUCUUUUUCGAUACAUAAAAAGAAAACGAUUUAAAAUUUAAAAAUGGAAAGACGAGAACGACGGUAUAUUAUAAUCUAUUCUGUAAAUAGAUCUGAUUUGAACAUUCUAAAAUAAACCAGUCA